AUGGCUCUCAGCAAGCUACCGGAAUUCGCUCCCGGCAGCGGCAGCUUCGACGUGUUCGUCGAAAGAUUCGAGCUCUACCCCACAGUCAAUGAGAUUGCCGAGGCCAAGAAACUACAUCCGUUCUUGAGCGCCAUCGGAGAAGAAGCAUACGAGACGCUCCGAAGUCUGCUACUACCCAAGACGCCGAGCACGUCGUCAUACCCGGAAGUCAUGUCGGCGCUGAAGAAGCACUAUUCUCCGAGGCGGUCAGUGGUGAGUGAAAGAUACCAUUUCAACCAAAGGAAGCAAGCCUCUCAAGAAACUGUCGCAGAAUUUGUGGUACAGCUGAAGAAAUUGGCAUCAUUAUGUGACUUCGGCGCCUUUUUGGAACAAGCGCUUCGUGACCGCCCGAUAGCAGGCCUGCAUUCUGAAGUCCUACGUUGCCUGUUGCUGGCCAUGAGCGACAGCGAGCUCACCUGGGACCGCGUCUGCAACACCGCUACGGCCAUGGAGGCGGCAGCGAAAAACGCCGUGGAAAUGGUCGCGGGAAACACCGCCGAACAGUCAGCCAGCUGCAGUGGCAUACAUUGGCAGAGCCAAUCAGCAGCGUUGCAUCGGAGUUCACAAAGUGGGGCAUGCGCCGGCCACGGCUCCGGCAACACAAAGACUUCGGUGACACGGACUAAGAUAUCUGUCAGUGAUGCGGAGGACAACACGCACCUGUAA